UGAUUACCUACAUAUUUAAUUGUGAAGUAAAUAUGAUUAUUAAAUAUAUUAAUUUGAGCAUAAGAUAUUGUUUAUUUUAAAUUCUUAAAUUAUUAAAGAAUGAAGAAAUUCAAGAACAUUGAAAAUAUAGCUGGCUGUCUAAAGCUACUGCAACUCUCUCUCUCUCUCUCUCUCUCUCUAAGCUUUUUUGGCUUGAAGUCUGAAGGAAAGAGAAGUUAAUCAAGAGAGGAGAACAAGAAUAUUUGUUGAAGUUGGUCGUCGGAGGUCAAAGUCAAACUCCGGUUACCGGAAAAAGUCAAGAAUGAGCGCAUCUCGGUUUAUAAAGUGCGUGACAGUCGGCGAUGGAGCUGUUGGGAAGACCUGUAUGCUUAUUUCUUACACCAGCAACACUUUCCCCACUGAUUACGUGCCUACAGUUUUUGACAAUUUUAGUGCAAAUGUUGUGGUAGAUGGGAGCACUGUAAAUCUUGGAUUGUGGGAUACUGCAGGUCAAGAAGAUUACAACAGAUUGAGACCUUUGAGUUAUCGUGGAGCUGAUGUCUUCAUACUUGCUUUUUCCCUCAUUAGCAAGGCCAGCUAUGAGAAUGUCUCCAAAAAGUGGAUUCCUGAAUUGAGGCACUAUGCGCCAGGUGUUCCAAUCAUCCUUGUUGGAACAAAGCUUGAUCUCCGAGAUGAUAAACAGUUUUUGAGCGACCAUCCUGGUGCAGUUCCAAUAACUACAGCUCAGGGAGAGGAGUUGAAGAAGCUAAUUGGUGCCCCUGCUUACAUCGAGUGUAGCUCAAAAACACAGCAGAACGUGAAGGCGGUUUUUGAUGCAGCCAUUAAAGUGGUCCUUCAGCCACCAAAGCAAAAGAAGAAAAAGAAGCGAAGGGGUCAAAAAUCAUGCUCCAUUCUGUAACUUUGUGCACAAGAUUUUUAGUGAUGAAUCGAAUGGAAAAUGGGAAGAAAGUUUGACUUUUCAAUGGUGAAUGCCGAGAUCACCCUUUAUAUAGUUUUUGAUGAAUUUGCUCACUUUUAUUGUGUCUUUGUGUUGUGUAAGUUGAUAUAUGUAAUUCUUUAACACCAAAUAGUUGAGACUUUGGGGAGUACUAUUUGGGUAAUAUGUAAUAUGGUUUUAUGUAGUUUGUGGAAAGAUGUUGAUUUUAAGAGGGUUGAAAAUGAAAUUACUUUUGAAUGAUUAUUAUAUUGUCUUGGGGCUUUGGGGUGUAUUGGUUAAUGCGGACAAGACACGGAGUGUUCCCUUGUAGCUCAAUGUGUGGUUCAUGCUUGUGAAGUUGCUUAUGAACCUCUUUAUUAAAUGUUGUGGGUGUUUUAAGCUGUAUUUUAACAUGUUCAAAUGAUGUAUAUACUAAACAUUCAAAAGGUCAGUUUUGACAUUAGAAGAAAUGAAUACUACGCCUCAUGUUUGUAGGGAAUGUACUUUGCAGUUUCUCUGAUCUUAAAACAUUCCGUAAGUUGUAAAAGUG